AUGUUAGCGAUUCUCGAAUCCCCCUCCCUAUUCUGGGUGGCAUUGUUGCUACCAGUAUUAUGGACUAUUUACGGUGCCAUCUGGCGUCUAUAUUGGAGUCCGCUGGCUGGGUUCCCGGGCCCCAAAUCGGUGGCUCUGACGCUCUGGGUGGAGUUUUACUACGACGUGAUUAAGAACGGCAUGUUCAUGUGGGAAGUAGAGAAGAUGCAUGCCAAAUACGGCCCAAUUGUUCGCGUCAGCCCCUACGAACUCCAUUGCAACGACCCGGACUUCUUUGACACAAUAUACGCCUCUCUACCGGCGCAGCGCGACAAGUGCCCGAAGUUCGCGCGCUCUCCCGACUGCAACAAUGCCACGGGGUUCACGGUCCAGCAUGCCCAUCAUCGACUCCGGCGCAAUGCCCUCGCUCCGUUCUUCAGCCACCGCAACACGGUUAUCUUGGAAGACCGCAUCAAGAGCUGCGUUGACCGGCUUUGCCUGAAUCUGCAGCACCACCAUGUCACGCAACGACCGUUUAACCUCACCGUGCAGUCGCUGGCCGCGACCAUGGAUAUCUUCACCAGCUACAGCUUCGGCGAGUCACUGGGUAUGCUGGCCGAUGAAGCCAAGGCGCUCAAAUGGCGCGAUACCAUCGUUCAUAUCAUGAAGGCUCUGCCUAUUGUGCGAAGCUUUCCCUUCAUGGCGCGUCUGGUCCCCGUGCUACCGGCCUCCGUCGCGAGAGUCGCCAUGCCUGAUAUUUCAGUGUUGAUGGAAUGGAAGCAGCACAUCGGCAACCAAGUCGCAGAUGUCCUCGCAUACAAAGGCCCCUACGCACAAUCGACCCGAGAGUCUAAAACCAAAACCAUCCUCGAAGAACUCCGCGACACGUCCAAGCUUCCUCCUGAGGAGAAAACCCUCCAACGGCUCUCCGAGGAGGGCUCGAUCCUCUUGAUCGCGGGCAGCGAGACCCCGGCCAAAGUCAACGCCAUCUUAUGGUAUCACCUCCUCGCCAACCCCGACAAGCUGGCUCGUCUCCGCGCCGAGCUCGCAACAAUCUACCCGGAUCCAGCAGCUCCUCUCCCUUCCAUAACAACCCUCAAGACCCUUCCGUACCUGGAAUCCUGUGUCCUGGAGGCCCUGCGCCUUCAAAGCGGUGUUUCGGGACGUUCGCCUCGUCUGGCUCCCACUCCCCUGCAAUACAAACAAUACACCAUCCCCGCUUGGACACCCCUUAGCUCGAUCUCGGUGUUCCAGCACUACAACGAGACGAUAUUCCCCGAGCCGAAGGCUUUCGUACCAGAGCGAUGGCUCACGCAGGGUCCGGACGGAGCGUCUGAGACGAUACGGGCUGAUCUCAAAAAGGACUUGGUUGCCUUUGGGCACGGCGCGCGCAGCUGUCUGGGUCAGAGCCUAGCUUAUGCGGAGCUGUAUCUUUUAACGGUGGCAUUGGCGACCAGGGUCGAUCUGCAGCUGUAUGAGACUGGUAUCGAGGAUGUGGAAAUCCAGAGGGAUUGGACGAUUCCGCAGCCGAGGAUGGGAUCUCAGGGCGUGAGGGUGAUGGUGAAGGGCGUUCGUUAUUGA